GGAUGAUGGCUCCCGACACCAGUGACGACGUGCCUUCAUGCGCUUGUAAAGGUGUCCGCCGGUGUCUCGUUUGCGAAGGGUUGAAAGAGAAAGUACAACCGGAGGCGAGUGAAUCAAAGAUUGUCCAUCAUUUCCUCUACGAUCCUCAGUCGAGGCUCGCUGUUGGAAAAGAUGCCCAGGCUACAUCCUUCCCCUUUUCUGGGGUCUUUCUGUGGGAGAACUUCAUAUCAGAAGAGGAAGAGAAGGAGCUCAUAUGUGCGAUGGACCAGGAUGUGUGGAAGGAGUCGCAGUCCGGUCGAAGAAAACAGGACUUUGGCCCGAAGGUGAACUUCAAGAAAAAGAAAGUGCGUGUGGGUGGCUUCAGUGGACUCCCUGCUUUGAGCCAUAAACUUGUGCUUCGGAUGUAUCAGGAAUCAACUCUAGCUGGCUUCCAGCCAGUGGAGCAGUGCAACUUGGAUUAUCAUCCUGAGCGAGGUGCAGCCAUUGAUCCACACUUAGACGAUUCUUGGCUAUGGGGGGAGCGCUUAGUCACCAUUAAUAUGUUGUCAGACACUACACUCACCAUGUCUCUGGAGCUGGGCCUGCCAGAGCUGGGACUAACAGGGGAGGUCCAUGUAGCUGUGCACCUUCCUCGCAGAUGUUUAGUAGUUUUAUACGGCGAGGCACGGCAUAUAUGGAAACACGCCAUUCACAGGAAGGACAUUCAUAUACGUAGAGUCUGCAGCACCUACAGAGAGCUAUCUGCAGAGUUCCUGCCUGGAGGGCAGCAGGCAGACCUCGGAGCCCAGCUGUUGAAUAUCGCCUUGAACUUCCAAGGCUCUCCGGUUUAAUCUAAUUUGAUGGAUCCAGAGGGAGCUGCAAUCUAAAUCACUUGGACUUGUCUUAAACUGUGAAGAUGUGUCCUUUAAGGCACCCUAGGGCUUGUUUGCUGGAUCUGUGCCAGCUCCCCAAACAGUGAGCAGUGCUCACGAGGCUUGUGUGCAUUAAUUAGUUGAACAUCUGCUUUGCUGCGAAGCCAAGCUGAAGUCAAAUUGCUUUGGAAAAAAUGUUGGGGAGAAAUUGUUUUAAAAUAGCUGCAAUGUCAUUAUUUUAUUCCACCACAAACUUCAAUUUUCUUUUUGUUUUAUGACAAAUGGAGAGAAAAUAUACAUACACACUUAUUUAGUGUUUGGAUGAUGGAGAGCACAGCCUUACACAUCUCUUUAAUGGUUCAAAUCUGGUGAAUGGUAUGGCCAGAGUAGAUACCUUAAUAAUAAUAAUUUAGUAAGCUUGAUUAUUUUUAUUGUGUCAAAAUAAUUUUAAAUAUGGCCUUUAAAGUGAAUUGUUGCACUGAAUUGCAUUUCUGUCUCUGUCAUUCUUGGAAAUAGACAGUCUCAAAUUACAGAUGUUUAAAAGUGGAAGCUUUUAUUGACACAUAUAAAUAUGUGUGUGUGUGUAGAGAGAGACUGACACAAACCUAAUCUUUGACGUUGUGAUGAUAAGGACAAAUCUUUGAUGACAAGCUGAAUAGAGAAUUAUAUACUUGUUGGGAUUGAAGCUUUUUUUUUUCUCCUUCAGAACUGCAGUUGUAAUUGUUAAGUUAAACAUUUAACAGUAAAGUAUGACUUAAAACAAAAACAAAUCUGAUUGCAAAAGUGAAUCAAAAGAUCUGUCACCUGAAACAAUCAUGUGCAAUAGCUGCCCUUUAAUAUCUGGCUUUGUUGAAUCAGCAGUGGCUGCGAGUCAUUGUUCGGAAACCCAGUUUGUCCAGUUCCCGAUGAGUUCUCAGGCACAGAGUGAGAACUACAAACAGGAUGUGGCCCGCACACUCAAAACUGACUGCCUUUACAAAGUUUUUGUGUUCAAGUCAUUCUUCUUGAAGUCAUUGUCUAUUUAAAAGAAACAGGAAAUGUGCAAUGGUGUCAAAGCUUUUAUUUUUCAGUUCUCUAAAUGUGUUUUUGAGGUUGCUGCCGUUAUCCACACAUUUAGCUUCAGUGGUCACAGAUGUCUGUAUUCACAACACGUCUCCGGUUCAUCCAGCUGGCAACAUAUGAAUUUGAUUAAGGACUACAAACAUGAAGACAAAACCUUUAUUGUUACUGUGUUCAGGAUGUAGAGGGAUUGGUAGUGCCGCUGCUGCUUAGUGAUUUACUUUGUGAUAUUUAAAGGAAAAAAUAAAUUAUAUUGAAAAAGAGAGAACUUUUCAAUAAAAAGCCAGGGUCAAAUGAA